ACAAAGUAGUUAUUCCAUGGAUUUUCAUUGUGAUGUGAUGAAGGGUUUGCCAUGGUUUCAGUAGCAUCAUGCUUGCUCCUGAUGCAUUUCUUGGGGUUCGGAGUCAAACGAGAUGAUGGUUCUCUUCUAUGGAUUUUAAUCGCUUCUCUUUCUUUCUGGUGGUGUCCAAUUACAAAAGGUAUCGUAAAAGCUGAGGGAGUUACAGUUAAAUUUGUGGAUGCAGGUUCAAAGGAAGUUUUGGAGUGUUUCAUGAAAAGUAAUACGUCACAUGCAACAUUAAUUCGAUGGGUGAAGUAUAGUGACAAUUCAUUUACAAAAAUCCUGGUCUUUCAACAAAUGCAGCAUUACCCAGAAUUCAUAAGGGAAGGUUACAGAGGUCGUGUUCGUUUAGUGAACCAGUCAUCUUUAGAACUGUCCAAUAUAAAGAGUAGUGAUGAAGGAUUAUAUGAGUGCAGUCUGACUUACACAGAUGGAGGUGGAGAAGAUCUUACUCAUGUUCAUCUAAAGGUCAAAGCUAAGCCAUAUAUAACUUCGAGUUCCCCUACUCAACUUCAUCAGCUGCUAGGAGCCACAGUAAAUUUAUUUUGUCGAGCCAAGGGGACUCCCCCACCAGAGGUGGUGUGGUCGAAAAAUGGCAUUCCUCUGGUCAACUCCAAGCGUGUUACCAUUGCACUAGACAAAGAGUCCGUUGAAAUUCGAGAUGUCCAGCGGUCAGAUGGGGGGAUCUACACAUGUACUUUUACUAAUUCCAUGGGAGCGGUGUCUCAACGAAUUGAUCUCAUUGUAGAAGGUGCUGCCUACAUUUUAAAUGCUCCAUCAAAUCGGACAACUCUAGAGGGACAGAAAAUUCAGUUUUCUUGUGGUGCUGCAGCAUUUCCAAACAACAUCACUUACCGGUGGUAUUUUAAGAGUCGCAAUGUUCUAACGUACAAUGACAGUCGCUUGUCAGUGUACCCUGAUGGUAAACUGGUUAUUUCACCAGUGUACAAAAAGGAUAUGGGCUGGUACACAUGUCGUCCUAGCAAUGGUGUGGGGGAAGACCCAGAGGCUUCAGCAUUUCUCAAUGUCACUUAUGCUCCCAAAAUUUUGGUGGAUUUGAUGCCUGCACAGGUAACCUGGGCUUUAGGAUAUGAGGAGAACCUGGACUGCCCAGUAGAUGCCAACCCUCCGGUCAGGGAAUUCAGCUGGAAGAAAAACACGUAUCUGGUGUCCUUUAGUUCUGAUCACAUCACCCUCCUACCUAAUGGGUCACUACUGGUCAAGAGUGUCCAGCACUCUGAUGCUGGCGCUUACAGCUGUAUGCCAGUCAGCUCCAUUGGAAAUGGUCCUUCCUCCCCGCUUGUACAAGUCAUUGUGCAAGACCCCCCGAAGUUUAUCUUCCGUCCAGAACCUCAGUACCUCAGAAUCCCAGGGCAGGAUGUGACCAUGAUAUGUGGAGCCACAGGCAAACCUACUCCAGAAAUACAAUGGAGAAAGGUGACAGGUGUGUUAGACUUGUCAAAGAGUGGGCAUGUCAAGCUAGAAGGUGGAAAUUUAACAAUCAGAUCACUUGAAAAAGAGGACCACGGAAGAUACGAGUGUCAGGCAGAAAAUGAAGUGAAAACAAUCGUAGUCGGCACAGACCUUAUCAUACAAAUGACCACCCCACAUGCUCCGUACAAUGUAACAGUCAUUCCUGAUUGGUUCAGUGCUAGGAUUAGUUGGAUUCCAGCGUACAAUGGAGGAAAUGACCAGUUUUUUAUGAUAUGGUAUCGUAGUGUGAAUGGACAGGUAGCCCAAUGGUCAACAAUGCAGGUUAUCCCCAAGUCAGCCACUGUCUUCACUGUCUAUGGACUGACACCCGAUACCUUGUACGAGUUUAAGGUCCUCUCCAGAAAUAAUUUAGGAUCUGGAAACUUCAGUGAAAUUGUGCAAGCUAAAACAAAAGGAAACACUACCAAAACCACACCAAGAUCACCUGGGGAUGAGGCUAAGUUACCCACUGCUCUGCCCACAGAUUCCUCAGGGCGGACCUACUAUCCUAUAAUUAAUAAAAGUAUUGGUGCUAGACCUCCACCCCCUAGAAAUGUAACAGCGAGAAUUGAGGACUCCAUUAUUCGGAUCUUAUGGCUGCCUCCUCAUACAAACAUGACAUUAUAUUACUACAUAGCAGAGAGGUCCACAGAUGGCCAGAAGUGGGAAUCCUUUGACGAGAGAAUCAAAGUGCCUUAUACAUUCUUCAUUUGGCGAGAUGCUCUCCCAAACGUUGAGUACUAUUUCCGAGUGUACUCAUACUCUCUGACCGCCUACAGUGUCCCCAGUGAGGUGGUCAGGAUCAGGACUCCACCAGCAGAAAUUUUUGGACAGAGUGGACAAUAUGUCAGCCUAUCCACUGAGCGGUUUACCACAAUAUCUCCCCAAUCAAAACACGAGUCAGAUUUUUUCCUGUCGCAGGCCGAGAUAGGAGGAAUUGUGGGAGCUCUCUUGUUUCUUCUGAUCACCGUUCUCCUAGCGGUGGUAGGGAUCAUCUGUAACAAGAGGAGACAGAAGCCAGACAAGUUUGGAAACGUGAAAUAUAUUGGACCUGCAGAUGAACUAGACACCCGUCCACAUUACAGAGGGUUUCCUUUGUUAAUGCGACCACAGGAGGGACAAGAAAGUGAAAAUACAUCAGAAUGGAGUGGCAGGGGGUCACCACCACCAUCGUCAUCAGGAGGAGGAGGAGCUAACUCUCUGAGGCGGAUCCCCAUUGCCAACGGAAUUUACAUCUUGCCUGACACCCAGGAGAUCCAUAGAGACCAGGACAUGAUCGCUCAGGAAUACAUGGCAGAAUCUCAGCUUUACGACCCUCAUCAGUACAUGUAUAACUCCGAUAAAGGGUAUCUGUUGCCCAAUUCUGCAGGUCAUGACCCUGGAGACUGGGAGGGGCUUGAUGGUGACCUUAACAGGUCAAAGCUUGACUCUAGAAACACUUCACAUAGUGUAUGGAAAAAUCCGGCCAAAGGGAAAUACCCACUUUAUUCUGGUUAUUACAGUGACUAUGACUCUAGUUUUCAGUCUCCUACAUUUGAAGGAGAUGAUCAUACCUAUGUAAAUGUGCCAUCUCCUCAUUCCAGUGAACAGCAAGUUCCCGACACAUCAUUUCAGUCUCAUCCUCACUCAUCAGGCUAUCAUGGAAGUUAUGUUGACGAUGAUGAUGAAAAUGGCUUUGUACCAAAGAGACCUCCCCUUCCGAAAGAGUACCAGAGAAUUGCCUCUGGAAGAUCCAUUUCUAUGUAUGAUCCACUUUAUGAAAAUGUGAAUUCUUCUUUUGCUGAUGAUGUGUUCCUACCUCCUACUCAAGACUUUCCAGGUAGACAUUCACUGCCUCGACACAGCUCAAUGAAGCCCUCCUAUCAGACCUACCUGACUGGUGACCCCACAGAGGAUGAUGGAGGAUUCACCCAACCAUUUGGUGCUGAGGAUAUUUCAUCUGUGAUGCCAUCUUUCAAUGAAUCUUUCAGUGGUACCAGAGACAGAUUUGCAUACCCUCCUUACAAGGACACAAAUUCUAGAACUCUGCUAGAACAACCAAAUUGGAGUGGUGCUGAAGUAAAUAAUUAUCCAUUAUCUACUAGUGAAAGAUAUUCAAGACCAAAGAGAAGAGAAAGUGAUAUUAGAUUCAGGUCACGCUCCAGUGAUCAUGCCUAUGAUGAUACAAGACAUUCCUUUUUAUCUGAUUCGUAUGACUACCCUGAUGAUACCACAGUAAGACACAUAUCCCCAAGCAAAAGAUCUCCCAAAAAUGACUUCUCCUUUGGUCCUUCACAGUAUACUAGGGAUCAACUCCAAGGAGCAGUCGAGAAAAUUCGGAAAGGUCCAAGAGCUCGAAGAUCCAAGUCUGCUGGGCGUCUUCCAUCUCAGGAAGCAAAUUUCCCAUACUCAUAUUCUCCACAAGUUGUUCCAAAUCUUAGUUUUACUCCAAUGACAGGGGCAGGGUAUAGUCAAUAUGAUGAUCACCCGAGACAAAGAUACUCACAUGAAAUAGCUCCCUUUAAAGGUGAGAGGGGUAGUCGAUCAAGUGUGAACAGUUCUGGCAGAGGAAGUCUUGGAGCAAGGCAUCGUUAUCCAACAGAACCUCGAUCUUAUGCUCCAGAUGAUCUUACUCCAGAUUCUCUCAGUAGUGGAAGGGGAAGUCGAAACACAUCACAAGCAACAGGGUCCUCUAAACAUUCCCACAUCCCUCGAAACUCUCUCAGUUCAUACGCUUCUCCACAAGAACAUGACCUCAGCCAAGAUUCCUCUCCAUUCCUUGAUGCCACUGGAAGUCUCCAGAAGGAUACGUCUGCAGAUGAUAAUUACGAGUUUGACUCAUUACAAGCCUUGGAGGCUGAUCUCAUAAACACUCUCCGCAGCUAUCCAUUAGCCAAUCAAAGUGAAGAUCUUAGGAUGGCUAUUGAAAGUGGCCUGAAUACUUCAGACUUUUAUGAUAAUUUGUAUCCAAAGCCAAGAGUUGAAAGUCAAUAUGACGAUUCAGAGGCUAGAUUUGAGAAGCUUCGUCAAGAAUUUCAUCAGUUUCGUCGUAAGCAACAAGAAAUCUCUCAACAAACACGUCUGGCCAUGGAUAGUGAUAUGCUGUAAAUUGUAUUCAUCCCAUUCCAUUCAUGAUGUAAAUAUUUACCUGUUUCUAAAACAAGAAAAAUCGUAUCUUCAAUAUGUCUACUUUACUUGAAAGUGUUUUGUGCUUUCAGAAAUUGACAUUUCUCUGUUUUUAGGUAUAGCUUUCAGUGUUCAAUGAUAUUUUGUUAAUGAUUUGUGAGUGCUUUAAAAAGCCAAUUGUGUGCAUGAGUAAGUGGAUAUUUUAAGAAACAUUUUUGAUCUCGGAAGUGUUAGCCUGUCAUGGCCAUACAAGAUAUGGGUAUUUAUGAUCACUUUUUAUUCCAAACUGUUUUGUUUUUUAUUGCACACCAGUGAUGUCCAUGACUGAUUUUUAAGUGCACCUGUUGGUCUUGUUGUUUUGUCUGUUUUCACAAUUAAUUGUUAUAAUCUGGUUCAUGGAACCAAGACGGUAAGAAUUCCAUUGGUAUUUGUUGUAACUUGUAACACAUAUCAGAACAAGGCUUAAGAGAUUUGUUUUAAAUGUUAAAUUUUUUUUUUUUUGAGAUUACCUGUAAAAUGAGUCAAAUUUUUAAAGAUGAAGUAAUUUAAAAUUUGUGAUGUUCUACCGGCUUUGAAAAUUUCCUUCCUUGAUAUUUUUGGUUACCUGAAGAAAAAAAAAUUUAGUGCAAUGUUUUCUAACUAUAAUUGAUUGACAUAUAAAUGUAUCACAAAUAAAUUUUGAUUUUUGGGAAUACGACACAUGCAAGGCAUAAGUCAAGGUCAGUCUAUGGUCUUGAUUUCUGUGUUCUGAAUGCAAGUCUCAACUUCGAUAUCUUGAACCCUUAAUAUGUAGACAUUUUGUCCCUUCAUGUUGUAGAUAUCAAGUUUACCUUAAGCUUUAUCAAUUGUCUUAAAGUAUUUUAUCUUUUUUUUCUUUAAUGGCAAUCUUGUUUUAUUUUAUACCAAAUGAAUUGGGCAGCAAUUUUAGAUAUAUAUAUAAAUCACUAUUUCUUUGUACUUCAUGGUAGAUUUUUAGCUCAGUCUAUGUUUAUGUUAACUAUGAACACUUUUUCUUUAGAUUUUACAUGAAUUCCUUCAGCAUUUUGUCACAAUUACCUAUUUUUAUUACACACUACAUAUCUAUUCAAUUGUUGCACAUGUGAAUAUUGCGAGGAAAUCUUCAUAUUUAUUUAAUGUAUGGUUGUAUGCAUCAAUUGUGAGAUGUAUGAUAUCUCUCUGCCAUUUUUUUUUUAGCUUGAACAUGAUAUAAAACCAAAUAUUUGAAAAGAAAUAAAAUUUCUUGAGAAAUCAGU